AUGGCCGCCCCAAUCGUAGCACAACCGCACGACAUCACCCUCCCGCAACUCAGCAAAAGCCUCCCUGAUGUUUCUAUAAAAGAAGUACAGCAGUCUCCCACAGAAGCCGUCCAACAAUGGCUCUCAGCCUUCCAAUCCGCCUUCGACAGCGGCAGUGCGAGCAAUGUCGCCGCACUCUUCCACGAGGAUGGGUGGUUCCGCGACCACCUGGCCCUGACAUGGGACUUCCGUACUCUACGCGGCCCUUCGAAGAUCACUCAAUUCCUUGAGCCGCUCAUGGGAAAAGUGAAGUUGGGGUCUAUCAAAAUGCAGGAGAGCGGCAAGUUCGCACCCAACAGGCAGGAACCAAUCCCGCAACUCGAGUGGGUGGAGUCCAUGUUCCACUUUGAGACGGGCGUCGGCUCAGGCAAGGGCAUGGUCAGGCUUGUCGCUCUGCCCAACGGCUCAUUCAAGGCGCACAUGCUGUACACGGCUCUCCAAGACUUGAAGGGCUGCGUGGAGGCGGCCGGUGAGAACAGGCCACACGGCGGCAAUGAAUCGCUCAAAGGCGGCCCAAUGGAGGGCAACUGGUACGAGCGUCGACAGCGCCAGAAAGAGUUCCUCGACGGAGAGCCACAAGUCCUCAUCAUCGGCGCCGGCCAAUCCGGUCUCAACCUCGGAGCCCGCCUCCAAGCUAUGGGCCUCUCCUGCCUGAUCAUCGACAAGAACGAGCGCGUCGGCGACAACUGGCGCCACCGCUACCGCACGCUCGUCACCCACGACCCCGUGCAGUACACCCAUAUGGCCUACAUGCCCUUCCCCUCCAACUGGCCGCUCUUCACGCCCAAAGACAAGUUGGCAGACUGGUUCGAAAUCUACGCCAACGCCAUGGAACUCAACAUCUGGCUUGCAUCCCGCGUCGCCAACGCCGAGUACCACGACUCUACCUCCUCGUGGACCGCCACCAUCUCCCGCGCCGACGGCAGCACGCGCGACCUCAAACCCCAGCACGUGGUAAUGUGCACCGGCCACGCCGGGGAGCCCAAAAUCCCCUCUUUCCCCGGCCAGGACUCCUUCGCCGGCACCGUCUACCACGGCUCCCAGCACCAGGACGCCAGCACGCAGUCCCACGUCAGCGGCAAGAAAGUCGUCGUAGUCGGCACAGGCAACUCCGGCCACGACAUCGCGCAAAACUACCACGAGAACGGCGCAGAAGUAACCAUGCUCCAACGCAGCGGCACCUAUGUCAUCUCCGCCAAAACCGGCCUCUUCAUGCUCCACGAAGGCAUGUACGACGAACACGGCCCUCCAACGGAAGACGCCGAUAUCGCCGGGCAAUCCCUCCCCAUCCCCGUCCAAUUCGCCUUGAACGUCGGGAUGACGGACAAAAUCAAAGCCGCCGAGCGCGCCAACAUCGAAGGUCUAGGCAAAGUCGGCUUCAAACUCGACUUCGGCCACGACGGCAGCGGCAUCUACCGCAAAUACGUCACGCGCGGUGGCGGGUACUACAUCGACGUCGGCGCCAGCCAACUCAUCAUCGACGGCAAGAUCAAAGUCGAGCAGAGCCCCGACGGCAUCGAGGGGUUCACGGAGAAAGGGUUGGUGUUGAAGGGUGGCAAGGAGUUGGAGGCGGAUGUGGUGGUGCUGGCGACGGGGUAUGAUAACAUGCGGACUACUUUGAGGAAGACGUUGGGGGAGAAGGUGGCGCAGCGGGCGAAGGAUGUUUGGGAUUUGGAUGAGGAGGGGGAAGUCAAUGCGAUGUGGCGGCCGUCGGGACAUCCGAAGUUGUGGUUUAUGGGGGGUAGUCUGGCGCUGUGUCGGAUCUACUCCCGCUUUCUGGCACUCCAAAUCAAGGCGAGUGAAGAAGGUCUGAUGGGUUGA